AUGGAUCUAUCUCCAAGGCAAUUGCACUAUUUCAAACGAGAGCUGUUGGCAAUUCAACUUGGCAAUGAACUCGAGCAUUUGCGACGACGCCCUGAUCUACUUUCCUUGCUGGAAUCCGAACAGCCGCUAGACGAGUUUCAAGUAUCCGAUUUGCCAUUCUUACACUAUGUGUUUCAACACAUUGUUGCCGAAUUCCCUCUAUUGAAGAACAGUCGACAACGAAGCUUUUGGUCAAAGGCACACGAGUUUUUGAGCGAGGUGGGCAAAAUACAGCUCAACACCUAUGUUCCCAGUAAAACGGAUGCAUCACAACGACGAGCCAUGACACGCAAGUUGCAACGAACGCUUUUAUUGGCAUUGAAUGUGGGUGUGAAGACCAUUCAAGGACAAGAAGAGAGUAUCAAGGUCACGCCAAGUGAUCUUGUGAACGAAUCAUCGUCAUCCACUACUACUACAACAACGUCAUCUGGUAGUGGUGGUGGUGGUAAAGAAGAUCAUGGAACAGCAGCAACCCAUCAGCCAUCCGAUACCACGACGACGACGAGCAGCACAGAAAAGAAAAAAGAGAAUGGAUUGGAUAAUGUCAAUGUCAUCACAGUGCGAGCUGUCAAGGAGACACGGACCUUGUUACGCGGAACAGUGACCCGGGCCGAAUUUCUUAUCCGAUCCACAUUUGACAACAACCAAGACGCACCAAUCCACGUAGCACGACGCCAUGGUCAUUUCCGGCAACUUGUUGAUCAACUAAAGAAUGAAUGUCCUGGCACCGUUGUUCCCAUGUUGCCUUCCAAAACGAGCACCAGCACCAAUCCAAAUCAUGCCAUGUAUCGUGAACGAGAUCGGCAGCUAUUGAGUUCCUUUUUACGGCGACUUUUAUCCAGACCCAAACUUGCUCGGAGCAAAGCGUUGCAUCAAUUUCUUACGCGUGAUCCUGUUGAGCUGUCAGAAGAUGAACGUCUCGAUGCUGAAGUGAGGAAGCAAAUGGAUGAUCAACGGGCUGAGCAAAGUCAACGUUUUCGCAAGGAGGUGGAUGAUACAGUGGUCGCAUUGAAUGAUUUAUUGGAUAUGCUCAAGCAAAAAGUCAUGCAACCUGGUGGAUUGACAGAACUUAUGGGCACCAUCAAAAGCACUGAACAACUUGUCGAUUUACCUGAAGCAUUACGCAAGGCAUUUGAAUGGGGUCGUAUAAGCUUUGCUUUUGCGUUGCAUACCCAUUUUGUCACGGAUGAUGCUGCGGCCGAGAAUAUCGCUACGUUAAGGAGAACACACAGCUUCAUGCCCUAUCGCACAGUGGCCACCAUCCUCAAGUUUUCCAAUCCAAUUGCUAUGGUCAAAAUGAUGUUGGAUUUAUUCAUGGCACAACCCUUGGGUGGCAAAAGUUUAUUUCAAAGGAUACUUAUGGCCAACAUGGUGGAUGAUGCCAAUGCAUUUACAAAGGAGAUUGAAAUGCUAGAAGCAAAAAUUGAUGAAAAGGUCCUAUGUGCCAAGGUGCGCAACGCUGUAUCAACACCAUCACCUACUUACCCAGAAGAGAUGGGAUCACCUAUUCUUGAAGUGAUAUCCGUAUUACAGAAUCCAGACAUCGAACCUCGGCUUUCACCUGAACAACUUGCACUUGUCAGCGAUGGUGGUGGGAUCAAAAAGACCAAGAAGCUACUAAAGCAACUGUACGAUCUUUGGUUUCUCUAUGCUCGGAAACGUGAGCAUGAAUUACUCUUUUCACUUGCGUUUCAAGGGGUUACCAGUGAAAUCCUCAAGGAGUUGUUUGCAAUCUUUUAUGAACCACUGGCACAGGUGUACAAGGCAGCUAAUAUUGGCGAAUCAGUGCAACAUCUCGCAGCCUUUAUGGAUGACUUGAUUGAUUUAUUGGAUAACCUUGAUACGACCAGUGUUGAUACCAAUACCGUAAAGCCGUUUGUCAUGUUGGUGCAGCGCCAUGAACAAAAGUUUUAUCAAUUUGUUCAUCGUGUCCAUGCUCAAGAUACUUCGCACCUGUUUGAUGAACUUGUGGGCUAUGUGGAUCACAUCCUUGGUUCCUUGACGCGUGGCAUUCGUCCUGAACAUCCACUUGAUAUGAACGACAUUGUCCGCAUCGCUGGUGUGACUCAAGAACAAUACCCUGAUUUGCGAAACGAGAUUGAUGCAUUGUGUGAAUAUCGUCGUUUACAAAAGCUACAACAUUUGAGACGCACACGCCAAAAAGUCAUUGCACAUCAACAAUCAUCAGCAGCAGGCGAUGAUGGCAUUGAUGAUCUAUCGGUCGGCGAUGAUCACCAAGCUGAGGAAUACAAGCAAUUGUUACGUUUCCUACCGGAUAAUGUGGAUACGCUUGGCCUUGUUCAUGAAAUGCGUGAAAUCGAUCUUGAAGAAGAGGAAGAAAAUGAUACCUUAUCCGAGAAUGGAUUAACGGACGAUGGCUCAUCAUCAACAACGAGUGAAGAACUUGAAAGUCCAGCAUCUAUCAUCGCAUCCGGUAAAACCACACCAUUGACGCCACCCGACCUCAAGAUCAUCCCAACCAUCGUUCCUCAUUUCGUACAGCGGGUAGCUGAUAUGAUGCUCCACGCACUUGUUGAAGAAGAAGACAACUAUGUCUCUAAGAAGGAUACCGCAGCUGUAUAG